GGGUGUGAGGAGGAGCGGAUGAGCCUGUGUCCUGGCUUAAUGCUGGAGUUAAAGGUUUGGCUGGAGUGACGCUAUGGGCGGGACAAUAAAUAUGGGAAGUGGUGUGACUAGUAUUUGUUUCCAAGUAACAGCAGAGAUUUGCAGCUCGGCGUACAGGAAUGUCACGGGAGGAGGCAAAGUGCAGUCCCACAGGAGCCCAGGGCCCAAUGGCCAGUACCCAGAAGUCAGAGGAAGGCUCAGGAGAGGGCAAGGCACCUUCUAAGGUGCCCCGUCCCCGACUGGUUCUAUUCCAGGGGGUUUCCAUGCCUGACAUUUUUGUGGAGGGCUGGGAAGAGGUGGAAAAUUUCCAAGCUCAUCCCAACGACAUCAUCAUUGCCACCUACCCCAAAGCAGGAACGACCUGGGUGCAGGAGAUUGUGGACUCGAUUAUGCAAGGAGGUGAUGUCAAAAAGUGUCUCCGCGCCCCGGUGCAGAUUAGAAUCCCAUUCUUAGAGUUCAAAUGCGGUGGGCAGCCAAGAACAACCUUGCAGCAGCUUCUCAAAACUCCACCUCCGAGAGUGAUCAAGACCCACCUCCCCUUUCAGCUGCUGCCCAAAAGCUUCCUCGAACAAGGCUGUAAGAUGAUCUACUGCGCUCGGAAUGCCAAGGAUCUGAUGGUCUCCUUCUUUCACUUUGACCUGAUGAAUCAACUGCAGCCAGACCCUGGCACCUGGCAGGAAUAUUUCCAACGUUUCCUAGAAGGCAACGUAUCAUAUGGACACUGGCAUCACCACGUCCGGGGCUGGUGGGACCAGAGAGAAAGUCACCCCAUCCUCUACCUGUUCUACGAGGACCUCAAAGAAGAUCUGAAGCGGGAGGUUGUGAAAAUUGCACGAUUUCUGGAGAAGCAGAUCCCUGACUCUGCAUUGGACUCCAUCGUCCAGCACACCACCUUCGAGUCGAUGAAGGACAACCCCAUGUGCAACUACUCCUCUGUUUCCACUGCCUUAUUCGACACCAGCGUCUCCAGAUUUAUGAGAAAAGGACAGGUGGGCAACUGGAAGAACCAUUUCACCGUGGCUCAGGACCAGGCCUUCGAAAUGGACUACCAAUGCAAGAUGAAGGACACAGACCUCCGCUUCCGUACCGAGCUGUAGUUCUGGUCUUCAUGGAGAGACUGGAGGUUUAUUGUGGCUGAUUUUUCCUUUGUCACUCAUCCCUGGUCUCCCUUUAUCUCUUAUCCACCCCUCUCCCCUACUGCCGAUGAAUCUUUGCCCUCACUGUCAACAAAUUCUACAGAUGCACUGACCUCUACCUGAAGGAAUUCUUUCUCAUCUAAGUUUCAAAGUGAUGCCCAUGUUUUCUGAGGCCCUCAGAUCCUACUGUCCUAAUGAUGGAGACAACCUCUCCAAGUCCACUCAAUCCAGGCCUUUCAACAUCCAGUAGGUUUCAAUGAGUUCUCAUCCUUUGGAAUUCCAUCGUGUACAGGCCCACACUCCUUAUACAUGGAGUCUUCCAUUCCUUGAGUCCUUCUUAGGUUAAGGUGGUUCAAUGUCAUGCAAACACUCUUAAAAUAUCUUAACCAUAUGAUUCCCUGGAUCAUUCUCACAAACCUCUGUUAGACCCUCUCAUCCUUCCUUAAAUACAAGGCCCAAAACUGUUCACAAUACUCUAAAUAUGGUCCGACCAACACCUUGUAAAGCUUCAGCAGUACAUCAUGGCUUUUAUCUUCUACUCUCUGGAAAUGAAUGCUAACAUUGCAUCUGCCCUUCUUACUACCAACUCAACCUGCAAUUUAACUUUGAGGGAAUUCUGCACAAGGACUCCCAAGUUCAAUUCUGUUCCCUCCCCAGUUAGAAAAGUUGAUACCUUUAUUCUUCCUACUAAAGAGUAUCACCCACACAGUUGUGUGUCACCGCUUUACCCCACCCUCCCAACCUGAAGACUCCCUGCGUCAAUGAUACUAUCUACAAACAUGGAAUUGAGGGCCUUGACUGGUUGCAUCAUCACCUGGUACUGAGGCUCAUAAGGUUGUAGACCCAGCCAGCUCCAUGACAGGCUCAGCCCUCCUCACCAUCAGUAUUCUGGAGGCUUCAUCCUCUGUCAUUUCAGAUCUAAUAGGACAGAUCUUGGGCUGUACCCUUGGGUCUCAGACUACCCUACUGAUGGAGAUGUUCUCUCCAUGUCUGUUCUGUCCAGGCCAUUCAGUAUCCAAAGUUCAAAAUAGUUUUUUUUUGGUUGAUUAUGUUAUGAUAUACUACCUUGAGAUUCAUUUUCUUGCAGGCAUUUACAGCAAGGAUGUAAUGCUGAGGCUUUAUAAGGCAAUGGUUAGACCACAUGGAGUAUUGUGAUCAGUUUUAGGCCCUUUAUCUAAGAAAGGAUGUGCUGGCAUUAGAGAGGAUCCAGAGGGAGCUCAUGAAAAUGAUCCUGGGAACAAUAAGGUUAAUGUAUGAGCGUUUGAUGGCCCUGGGCCUGCACUUGCUGUAGCUUAGAAGAAUGAGGGGAAUCUCAUUGAAACCUAUUAAAUAUUAAAGACCAACAUCGAGUGGACGUGAAGAGGAUAUUCCCAAAAGUGAGGGAGUCUAGGACCAGACGGCGCAGCCUCAGAAUACAAGGAGAUCUCUUUAGAACAGAGAUAAAGAAUUUCUUUAGCCAGAAAAUGGUGAAUCUGUGGAAUUCAUUAGUAUAUUUAAAGCAGAGGUAAAGAGGUUCUUGAUUAGUGAGGGUGUCAAAGGUUAUGGGGAGAAGGUAUUGGAGUAUAAAAAUAUUAUGGAGUAUAAAAGUUGUAUUAUUUGCUGUGUAACCAAAACUAUGUAGUCAGCUUGCUAUGCAUGUAUCCAAAAUGAAAUCCUAGAAAUGUAGAAGACAAUGGUGUAUUAAAGGUAGCUAAAAAGAUGCAGUCAGCUUUGAAACUUGCUAUUUGCUAUGCAUGUACCCUAUUUAGCAGGAGAAUGAAGUAUUAAGAAUGCAAACUUGCUAUUUGCUAGAGAAUGAAAUCUUAAGAAUGUAGAAGACAAUGGUGUUAAUGAGAGGUAGCUAAAGAGAUGUAGAUUAGAACAUUGGUCAGUUCUGAGUCUGCUAUUUGCUAUGCAUGUACCCAAUUUAGUAGGAGAAUGAAAUCUUAAGAAUGUAGAAGACAAUGGUGUGUUAAUGAGAGGUAGCUAAAGAGAUGUAGAUUAGAACAUGAUUAAAUCAAUGGGUAAAAACAAUAGGGGCAAAAGAUGUACAUGUCAUCGAUUACAUAUGCUAAUGCAACUGGACCAGGAGAUUGCUAUAAAAAAUGCUGUGUCCAGAGAUCGGUGGGCAAUCAGCGACUAGCUCAAUGACUGUCUCAGCUUUGAUUUGCAAAUUAAAGUUUAACCCUUCUUGAAGAA